GUACGCGCAUUUGACGCUGCCGGUCUCUGCGUGGCAACAGGCGCGAGGGAUUCCCCCGUGCGACGCCGCUCUGUCUUCCCCGCACACACCUCUCACAGCCCACCCAGCACCAGCAUGUUCGGGGACAGAGUUUAGACAAAAGAAACUUGGAAAACUUGGAACUGCGAACCAUUCAUUUUUCAGUCACUUUCAAUACCAGACCAAGGGAAAUAUUCAUUGAUGAGGCAGCCUCCAAAUGACGUCGAGAUGGCGUUAGGCGGCACGCUACUGCCGUCAAUUUCAACGUUUGCCAGCUGCCCCACAAUCAAGACAGAAUUCUUGGAAAGUGCCAAUUUAAGAUGGAAGGAGGAGUUGUCCCAACUUAAGAUAUCCUGCGUGCCAACUGGAACCAUUUGCUCCGAUCCAGACACCCCUACUGCCUCCAGCCCCAGCAGCAUGUCCAAGAAGGACCCAGAGCCAGACCUGGACCUGGACUACGACUUCAUACUCUCUAACUCACUCUUACAGCAGCAGCAGCAGCAGCAACAGCAGCAGCUGCAGCAGGAGGACGCCCUGGCCUGCACUUCAGCCCAGGCCCUGUCUCCUUCUCCCAGACCUUUCUCUUCUCCGUACCCACUCCCCUCUCCUCAGGCCACAACAGAACUGCUCUACACCAUUCCAGACAUCAAUGAUGUCUCACCCUCCGGUGGAUUUGUGGCUGAACUCAUGAGACCGGAUCUAGACCCAGCGUACCUUCACCCCACCAGCCUUCAUGGCAAGUUUGUGGUGAAAACUACAAUAGACACAGGGGAGUAUAGUCAAGGGAUCAGUGUUAGCAAAGCUUGUGUUAACUCAAUCACGGACCCUUUGCGCACUUCUCCGUCCAAUUUUUCGUGCCAGAGGAUAAAACAAGAGAACCCAAACAACUGCACCAUGUCACAACCCAUGGACCUUCACCUGGCAGGGGUGAAUUCUCAAGGCAGGAGUAGCCAGCAGCAACGCCCUGGACACCUGGACCUCCAUGGCUUCCCUGGUGGUGCGAGAUCAGUGACAGGUAGCAGGUUGUCUUCCUCCUCAUCCCUGUCCCCAGACCAUCCUCUGAACAGGCACCAACACUCACAGAUACCCCUAGCUCCUCAAGGGUACCACCACCAGAGCCCAACACAAGGAUUUCCCUCGUACCCCCAAACUUCUGCACUAGCCUACCAGGAUCCUCACAUGGUUUCUGGAGGUGACUGUCUACCAGAAGAACCUAAGCCCAAGCGUGGCCGACGCUCCUGGCCGAGGAAGAGAGUAGCCACACACACUUGUGACUACAUUGGCUGUGGGAAGACCUACACAAAAAGCUCUCAUCUCAAAGCACAUCACCGAACACACACAGGCGAGAAGCCAUACCACUGCGACUGGGAGGGCUGCGGCUGGAAAUUUGCACGUUCUGAUGAACUGACCCGCCACUACAGAAAGCACACAGGCCACCGGCCUUUCCAGUGCCAGAAAUGUGACCGGGCUUUCUCUAGGUCAGACCACCUGGCUCUUCACAUGAAGAGACAUUUAUGACUCUUGACUGCAUCUGCAUGGCAGAUAUACAGGGAAACAAGGUGAACAAAACCAAAAAUGCCUAGGCGGCAGAAGUAACAAGACGGGCUGUGAUUUCACAGCUGAAAUUAAAAAAUUAUCACACAAGACAUAAACUUUCAGACGCAUUGAGAAAGGUUCACCAAAGGGACCAAACUGGAAUUUCUUUAUUUUAAAUGACAAAACUUGGAUAACCAGGUGCCACCAACUGAGAAUGGAAAUGUAUUUUGUCAAUGAAACUGGAACAUCCAGCAUCUCCAGUGGCCUUCUACCAGCACACACCAAUAAAGACUCACACUGUAUGAAAUAAAUCUAUGUAUUUAUAUAUGUUCUACCUGCAAUGCUAUUAAUUUCAGGUACAAUAUUAUUUAUAUUGAAUGGUGCUCAGUGACUACAAAGGAGUUGAAAAGGUACCAAAGAAAAAGACAAAGGGUGAAAACUUCAAGUGCCAUGUUUUGACCCUUGCAGUCAGUAAAGAUGGCAAUCAUCAAUGCACUGCAUUUGGUAAGUGCAAUAAUUUGUAUAAGACGUGCAUAUUUUUGUAUUGAACUCUG